ACGAUAGCAUCAUAUCUCCCGUAAAUUGAAAUUCAGCAAAUUUAUUUAUCACUGUUCUUCAGUUUUUGAAAUAAUCGUAUCAUGGAAAAUUAUAUUGUGUAGAACGUUGCCGAGGCAGAAUGUGAAUUAUUGUGCAUAAUUAUAAUUAGGAUUAUUACUAUCGGGAAUACAGAAGCCACAUUAUGGAUCUGACGCACACACAGCUUAACCUCUACUCGGCAACCCGCAUGGCAUUAACCCUUGGUCCCAGCUUAGGUUUUCUUCUAUAUCUUCACUCCUCCACCUUAAACCAAAGACCAGAUAUUCUUGACAAGGACAAUAGAGUAAAGGACACGCCCAUAGGACUGCUGAAGGACACUUAUGAUUUCAUUAUAGUUGGAGGGGGUAGUGCAGGAGCUGUUUUAGCCAACAGGUUAAGCGAAAAUCCGUAUUGGAACAUUCUGUUAAUAGAAGCAGGUCCAGAUGAAAUCAGUUUGACAGAUAUGCCGUUGAUGUUUCCCAGCCUGCAGCUAUCUCCUUUCGAUUGGCAAUUCAAAACCGAGCCAGGAGAUCAUUAUUGCAAGGCGAUGGUUGGCGGACGCUGCAAUUGGCCAAGAGGUAAAGUAUUAGGAGGCUGUAGUGUAUUGAACGCCAUGCUUUACAUAAGAGGAAACAAGAAAGACUAUGACAGAUGGGAAGAUCUAGGACUUCCUGGAUGGGGUUACGAUGACGUUCUUCCAUAUUUCAAGAAAUCUGAAGACAUGAGAAUCGAAGAAUUAAAAGACGACCCUUACCAUGGCACAGGUGGAUAUCUCACUGUGGAGAAUUUCAAAUACCACUCACCAAUGGUCAACUGGUUUUUGGCAGCAGCCAGAGAAAUGGGCUAUGAAGUCAGAGACGUGAAUGGGGAGUAUCAAACAGGAUUUACUGCAUCCCACGGUACCCUUCGUGAUGGUCUGAGAUGCAGUACUGCGAAAGCAUUCUUGAGGCCUUGUUCUAAAAGACCAAAUCUUCACGUCAGUUUGAUGACAAUGGCAGAAAAGGUUCUGAUAAACGAAGAAACUUAUCAGGCUACAGGUGUUCUGUUGAAUAAAUUCAUCAUAAAGAAAAAAGUUUAUGCAGAAAGGGAAGUGAUUCUCAGUGCUGGAUCGCUGCAGUCACCACAAUUAUUGAUGCUAUCAGGUAUCGGACCAAAAGAUCAUUUAGAGGAAAUGGGUAUAGAUGUCAUCGUAGAUUCUCCAUACGUUGGACAGAACCUACAGGACCAUGUGGCAUUAGGUGGAUGCACUUUCCUCUACACCCCACCAGAAGAGUACGCCAAUAAAACCUGUGGAUUCGAACUGCCGAGAAUUUUCUCUGAUGAAACUAUAAAAUCCUUUGCUGAGAAAAAAGAAGGGCCUAUUUACUGGCUUCCAGAGUGCGAAGUGAUGGGUUUUGUUAACACUAAAUAUCAAAACGAAGAAGAUUGGCCGGAUAUACAAUACUUCUUUGCUUCUUACGCCGAUAACACAGAUGGUGGAUUAUUCAGUAAAAAAGCAGCUGGAAUAACAGAUGACGUGUAUUCAGCUGUUUUCGAAGAGAUAUUGUAUAAAGAUGCUUUUAGCGUUAUAAUACUCUUGUUAAGGCCUAGGAGUCGAGGAAAACUGCUAUUGAAGGAUAAAAGUCCGUUUUCGCACAUCAAGAUAUAUCCAAAUUAUUAUUCGGACCCCUAUGACUUGGCGGUAGUGGUUGAAGGUGCCAAAUUAGCCUACAAAAUGUUAACUUCCAAGGAAAUGUCCAAAUACAAUGCAACUUACAACCACUACAGAAUACCUGGUUGCCACAAACAUGAAUUUCUCUCAGAUGAUUAUUGGGCCUGCCAAGCCCAGCACUACACAUUAACGAUUUACCAUCCUGUAGGAACCGCAAAAAUGGGCAAUGAUACGGACAAAGAAGCCGUCUUGGAUCCGAGACUUCGAGUGAGGGGCGUCAAAAACUUGAGAGUUGUUGAUGGAAGCGUCAUGCCAUACAUAGUGAGCGGUAAUACCAAUGCUCCAAUCAUAAUGAUUGCGGAAAAAGCAGCUGAUAUGAUAAAGGAAGAUUGGGGAGUUCUUAACCAAGAUGACUAUAAAGACUCGAGCGAAAUAGAUGUCGAAGACGACAAUGCCGAAGUUUAUGUUGGUAGUAAAAAAGAUAUGAAGAAACAGGAACCGAUAAUGAAGAAAACUCCACCACGAAUUGAAGAUCCAGAUUAUUGGUGAUUGAGGAGAAUUUUUUGUGAUUUUAUUAACGGAAUAAAUACGAAAGUUCGAGAACUUUAUUUUUGUAAUAAUCAAAGGUUAAUAAAUAAAUUGCCAUA